AUGCCACCUUACGAAAACCUCACUGUGGAUAAAACAGAGUGUUUGUGUAUCGAAGAUACCCAACCUAUAUCCAACGCAAAUCACCCGGUCUGCGAGGUUAUACAAAGCUUUGGGCCUUUGCUUCCAGUUUGCCGCGACACCGUCAUCCCAAACACUCCAGACUCUGUAUUCUCAGCCGAGUCCAUAUACGUCUCUUUGCUCAAUGCUUCCACCAUCACUCAGAUUGGAGGCAUUGAGAUCGAAUGGGUCUCUAACGUCAGUUCUCAUUUGGGAUUCGACCCCGAGAUCCCAAAAUUAAUGCUUUUUGCACACCCAUCAUUUUGUAAAAUCAAUGAAGACCAAAGCUCUACAUUCGCAAAGUAA